GCGAGGCCGUCCGUAAGUAAUCCGGUGACUCUGCCAGCAACAUCCAUGACCUUCAAGUCUAGUGCAAAAGAUCAGAAUUUGCUGUCAUAUGCGGGGGUGACAACGGCAUCCCGAGCAAAACGUUUGGACCACCAUAUGUCCAAAUCAGACACGAGUAGAAGGGGUACGACUCAUCAUUCACUUUGGAACGCUUCCAAAGUCAGAAGAAUACCCCUCAGACAAGACCAUUCGGUGGACUUGUUAAACCAACUUCAUCACCAUGCAUGUGGCUGUCGCCAGCGUUCCAAGUGAAUGCAAAGGACUCAAUACUUUUCUAUCACCCGUAAUGCGGGAAGGAGUGCUUCGUGCUUACCGUCCGUACAAGUGGCGACUCCUCAUCUUUUACCCGAUCCGAUGAUGCAAGAAGACAUACGUGUAACGGACUUGCUUGAGCCAUGAUCAUGAUCACACCGGACUCGCCUUCGAUUUAAUCUGAUAACCAAUCUGGUACAACCACAUCGAAAUGUCCGGCCUAGUUCGACUGAAGGCUGACGGAUGUUUGUGCAUUGGGACAGUCGGAACUACGUUCCGGUGUAACCGUACUUUUGGGUGCCGGAAACCUUCAUAACUUCGGGUAUUUGUGAAGUCCCGUGCAUAACUACACGAAAGAUGCCCCUCUCAAUACGUUUCCUUUCAUAGGUGUCCGGAUUACACGCUCUGAACCAACAACUUCCGUUAAAGGAAACGAAAUAGACACGCGAACCAACGUCAGACAAUACACAACGUUUUUUUAGACUUCUUGCGGGAGAGUCGGGGAUCAAUUGCGGGAGGAUAGACGGUCGUGACUCUAUCGGUGUUUAGUGCCGAAAGCACUCAUGCAUCAAUGCGCCAUUCAUUACUAUUGUUGGACUUCCGCCGCAAUUUUGCCGCAUGAAAGUUGAAAUUGAUUUCUGAACGCUCUGCUACUCUGGAUGGCAUGCUGGAUCUCUACCAUUGGCCAAAUAGAAGCGAAGGAAGACGUAUAAAAGAUCGCCUGUCUACCCAGCUUGUUCCCCACCAAAGAGGAACUCAAAGCUUCUAAGCCAGCUCUUUACAAAACACUCAAUCGCCAACAAUGAAGUUCGCCACCUCCCUCAUUGCUACUGCUACCCUCCUCUCCGGUUUUGUUGCUGCUGCCCCAACCGAGCUUGUCAGCAGAGACUGCUCUGCUGAAAUUGCCUCCUUCAACCUCGCGAGGAGGGAGAAGAGGGGCCUCGGAAAGAGGACCUUCUACAGCUCGAUCCAAAAUGCGACCUGUGUCUUGUCUCCUGAAGUGGCUCGAGCUAAUUAUGUUAACGGAGCUCCGAUUCGUCAAGACAUCACUGAGGGACAACCUGGCCUUCCUCUCACGCUCGAUAUCGGUCUCAUGGACGUUACGACUUGCCAACCCUUAAAGGAUGCCAUGGUUGAAGUCUGGGGCCCGAACGCUGCUGGUCAAUACGGCAACACCUUCCUUCGUGGUGCCUUCCAGGCCACCUCUGCUGGUAUCGCCGAGUUCCAGACGAUCUUCCCGGGAUAUACUUCUGCCGGUGCGAACCACAUCAACGUCGCCGUACACCAGAGCGGCACGAUGAACUCCGCUACCGCCCACAAUGGUCAGCUCUUCUUCACCGACCGAUGGACCGACGUUGUCAGCAUGACCGCCAACUACGCCAAAAACACCAACACGCGUAUCUUGAACGCCCAAGACUCUAACUACGCCGCUGCCAACAAGAACGGUUACAGUGCUAUCGUCGACAUCGAAUCCAUCCAGGACGACUGGCCAACUGGUGUGAUCGGUUACAUUACUGUCGGCAUCAACCCAUCCCAGACCGUCGGUGUUUGAG